CACACCAGAAUAACUUCAGGCCAUGUUAGCCUUCUCUAUAUAAAGGUCCUCAUCAUUACAAAUCUCAAUUAGAAUUUAGAAGAGAGAACACUCCUUGAGCUCCACCCAGAUCACAGCAACAUUCUUGUGAAACUAAUUCCAAUUUACAUGGCUUCCCAAUUUGAUGGUGUUGUAAGAUCCAAGAGACUAAUUCACUGUGCAGCCUCUUAUGGAGAAAGAGGGAGCCCUUGCUCACUAUCUCAUCUCCAAAACUAUGAAUAUCUUCGAAUCCAACCCCAUGGUAACUUCAAAGAACAUCAUACUAACAACAUGGAACGUGAAAAGGGUACAAAACGUGGCACAAACCGAGGUAGACAACAAGCACAAAAGCUUCACAGGUUUCUUGAGAAGUUCCCUGCUGGAUUAUGAAGUAAAAAUACAUUUUUUGGGAACUAAUUGUAAUGAUGUAAUGUAAUAAAUAAAAGUUGAAC